GCCAGCAGCAGACGAAGAAGAAGACGGUGGUUGUUGUUGGUGAUCGCGCUCACUCCACUCGGCCGUUGUCCGUAUCUGUGCAUCCAUAUAGAACGCCGAGCGCAUGUAACCCUAAACGCGUACCACCAGUUUGGUCGUUGUCUCCAUGAGACCCCUAUAGCACCACUCUCCUGAAUGCCACCUCGUUUCUGCCGCAGCCCAUCGUUAGGCUCUCACUUCACUCAAUUUUCUUCACUUUUCCUCGCUGACCAGAGAGAUAAGUUGUGGAAGCGUAAUGCGCUAUGCAAAACACUUUCAAGUUCACGCGCAGUGGUAAAGCCGCUGUCGCACGCGCGAAAACGUACCGCCGGCAUAGCAACAUGUCGAAAGCAAAUGCUUUCAGUGAAAGCGCACCUGGAACGUUGUUGCACAACUACUGCUUUUCAUCUCGCAUGGUUUAGCGCUGGCGCUGAGAAUUAACCGGUUUCGAAGUGGGCCCCUAGGUCUAAGCAGAUCGAUGUGAAACUUAUUUAUCGUGUUCCUUACAUGAAUAUCCUAGUUAAUUCAACGUCGCUGCUAAGGGCAGGCGGAUGCUAUUAAAGUAUUUGUACGGAGUAUUUAGGGUAAAUAUGCAGGAAUAUAACCGAGUGCAUGUGUUCAUGCGUAUUGUCAGUCCUCAUAAGUAUUAUAACCAUUUUGAAUUUUUUUAGGUGUGAAGCAUCUUACAUUCCAUGAUUUGUCUGUCCUCACGCAGGGUCAAGAAAUUAUAAUCAUGUCGUGAAAGCCCAACAAUGACAUAAAAGAAUACGCAGCAUACUCGUGUUACCUUGUAAAAUCAGAAGUCCCGUUUUCAACGACGUCGUUUCUUUCGAACAGUUGUAUUAAUAAUUAUCAUGCCCAUAUUUAGCACAACAAAAUUCAAAAUUUAACCACACAAUACUCCUAAUUUAGGCUACUCUCUGCCACCCUCCUUAGCGAUUCUGCGCAGAACGGCAAACAAGACCCGCCGCCAGAUAUUGAAGCUGCUCUUGGGCAUAGGCGGUGGCACAGAGCCAGAUUUCAUGGCUGCUGCGAGAGAUGGCCAGAGACAUGAGUGCGAUGACAUCAGAAAGUAUUGCCUCGCUAGAGUCCCUGGAUGAUAUCGCACGCAGAGAAUUAGGAGAAACGCCUGCGGUAAAACGGACGGCUCUGGAAGAGUUGCGCCAGCUUAUUUCAGGUGAACUGUCGCUGAACUGUCCCACAGAUGACGACUUUCUGGUCAAGUUUCUGCGAGCCCGCAAGUACGACACCCAGUCCGCUUUCGAAAACAUAAAGAAAUACUUCAAGGUUCGAAAGGACAGACCGGAACUGUUUGAAGCGCUAACUCUGAGCAGCGUCCCUUUCGACGUCGUUUGCCGCAAGCAUCAGCUGCUGACGGCGUCACGCCACACGGAUCCACAGGGAAGAAUGGUUCUGCUGGCGAAGAUCGGUUCCUGGAAUACGGAGAUCUGCUCACUGAAUGACUUCUUCUUUAGGGUGGGCAUAGCACUCGGCGAGUGUUCUCUCCUUCGGGAAGACUUUCAGAUUAGAGGCAUUGUGGUCAUUGUAGAUUUAAAGGGCCUCAACGUCUACCACCUGCCUUACUACACGCCUUCUCUUAUAAGAACGCUCGUCAGUCUUGUACAGGAGUGUAUUCCCUUGCGCCUGAAGAAAAUCUACAUUAUCAACAAUCCUCCAAUCUUUGACUUUUUAUUUGCAAUUGCCAAGACCUUCCUUAAAGCAAAACUAGCGAAACGGAUUCACCUUCUUGGCUACAAUUUGACAGAAUUGCACCAACUUGUGCCAGAUGACGUCAUUUCGAAGGAACACGAAGGGACGAACGAAAGCUUCGAUUACGACCAAUUGGAGAGGGAGUUGAAGAGUGCUGACGAUUUCUUCCAAGCGCUGAGUUCUUACGGAUACCGCGAGACAUUGUCGACAAAAACGGCACCCGAGCCAAACGGUGUCCUCGCUGACGAGGAACUAAGUGAAGAUUACGUGCAUCUUUAAUCACUCUGUGAUCUAAUGAAGGUUCUUGUGGCCUUUGGGUUGCGCAAAUUGAAAGUCAUGAGGAAGUGUUUGUUCAUUUUUUGCAUUCCCCACUUGUCGAGAAUCACAUGGGAGCUGCGUUCGCUUUCCAUUACUAAGCUUACCCCACCAUAUAAUGGCAGCAUGUUACCAGACCUGUUUCCUUGUAGACCUCUGUGGCUCUUCUCCCUCUUUUUUUUCUCGCUCGCUCCCUCUCCCAUGUUCCUAUGUUGAGGCCCAGAAAUUAAGCUAACAGUUUAUUCUUAGGUAUAGUUUACGUUAGCCAGCGUUAUUGACCCCAUUUUUGGUAGCUCUUCCCCGCGAAGCCAGCUUUCCGUUGGGACAGAACUUCACUCGCUGGUGACCAAGUUGAAGUGUGACGAAGUGUGGUGCCCUCCCGUUGUCCUCACAGCAGCAUCCAUCGGAAAAGGGACAAUAUGGGGUGUCCUCGUUCCUUUUUUGUUGAUGAUUUUGCAUCUGUUGGAGUGCGCACUUCUUGCAAACAGGCAAGGUCCGUGCUGCAGAAACACCGUGCUGAACACAAACUAGUGUUCGAGGAGACCAUCAAGCCUUAUAGGUCCCGAUACCCUGCUUGAGCUACAUUUGCUUCGAUGAUAAGCCAUGUCUAGUCGCCCUGACUUGUGUUGUAUUUUAUAAUACACUGAUUCCCAGUUAAAUCAUUUAGGAAACGGAACAAAGAUGUCGGGGAUUUCAUGCCAAUUGCUGGCACCAUUCGUAUCUGCACUCUAACUCUGUUAG